AUGGCGUCCACCGAAGAGGCGCCUAAGCUAGGGACGAUAUCGAGCCCACCGAAGCAAGGCCAGUUUAUAAAACACGGGUCGACGGUGUACAAGACGAUCCAAGAAGGCCUGGCGUAUAUCCUUGUUAACCAAAAGGAUGCUGAGCCAGCCAAACCGCCUCCAUUAACUCAGAACCAGAAGACCACGGAAGGAGACCGGCCUUCUGUCUUCUAUAAUCCUAUCCAACAGUUCAAUCGAGACCUGAGUGUUCUAGCUAUUCGCGCCUAUGGAGAGCAUGCCACCGCCAUAAAGCAGAAGAAGCGCAAAUUGAAGCUCAAAGGUAGAAAGACCCCCACAAAAAAGGCAAAGGCCGAUGAAGGGAACGAGAUAGAGAAACCUAUUGAAACAGGUGCGCCGUCUGCUGGUGAUCAAGUGAAGGCAGAACCGGUCGGGGCAGGCGUGAACAAGAGAAGACGGGAAGAUGAGGAGGCUGCGACAGAGGAGACUCCCUUGAAGAAGCCUUGUACUGAGACACGGUCAAGUGGUGAAGAGAUGGCUGGACCAACUGGGGAAGAGAUUGCUAUGCAGGCCAAAGAUGUCAUCGUCCCGGAAAAUACAGAAAAGGUAGCGGAAAACGCAGCACCUAAGCCAUGGACCCCUUCAUUUACAAUACUGGACGCUUUGUCUGCCUCGGGGCUUCGAGCUCUUCGUUACGCGAAAGAGAUCCCCUUUGCAACUCGCGUUGUUGGAAAUGACCUGUCCGCAGCCGCCAUCGAGUCUAUGAAACUAAACGUCCAACACAACGGUCUAGAAGGUAGAGUCCAGCCGAACAAGGGCGAUGCUUGUGCCUAUAUGUAUACUGUUGGUCGGGCUCAAGGAUCUCCUAAUGAGCCUGGUGGCAUCCCGAAGUUUGACGUUGUUGACCUGGAUCCUUAUGGAACAGCAGCGCCCUUCCUAGACGCAGCUGUUCAAUCCGUUGCCGAUGGCGGCUUGCUAUGUGUUACCUGCACUGAUGCUGGAGUAUUUGCAGGAGCUGGAUACCCAGAGAAAACAUUCGCCCUUUAUGGUGGUAUCCCCAUCCGCGGAUCACACUCUCAUGAAGGAGGGUUGCGGUUGAUUCUACAUGCCAUAGGCACUGCCGCUGGAAAGUACGGUCUAGCCAUUGAACCUAUGCUUUCUUUGUCAAUCGACUUUUAUGCUAGAGUCUUUGUUCGUGUUCAUAAGGCUCCAAUUGAGGUCAAGUUUGCAGCCAGCAAGACAAUGAUUUCCUUCAACUGUGAUCACGGUUGUGGUUCGUGGAAGACACAGCGCCUUGCUGAGAGAAAACCGCAAACGGGCAAAGAUGGAAAGACCUUUUAUAGCUACGGACUUGCCCAGGGCCCGACUGCUGCUCCCAACUGUGAGCACUGUGGUUUUAAGACUCACGUUGCUGGCCCUAUGUGGGCUGGUCCCCUGCAUAACCCCGUCUUCAUCCAGCGUAUUCUCGACCUAACGGCUGGUGCAGAUAGGGAUACCUACCAAACAUGCCCUCGUAUAGAGGGUAUGUUGACUACUGCUCUUGAGGAGGACUUGGAUCUUGGCGGAAGCGCAAAGGAGCCCACCCCAGAAGCAGAACCAGUACAACCUAAUACCAACAGUCAAGAAAUGUCUCUUCUUAUUCCUAGAGUUGACCCUGCCCUUAUCGAGCCCUACCCGUUCUUCUUCAUCGUCAGCAAUCUGGCUCGCGUGCUCCGCACUUCAACGAUGCCAGAAAUUCAAUUCCAUGGAGCGCUACGAAGCCUGGGAUAUAAAUCUACUCGAAGCCACGCCAAACCAAACUCAAUACGAACUAAUGCUCCCUGGGAAGUUGUCUGGGAGAUUAUGCGAGAAUGGGUUCGCCUUAAAUCGCCUAUUAAACCUGGAGCGCUCUCCGACUCCACAGCUGGUGCCGGUAUUCUACGAAGAAACCGACAUACACUUAACCCUGUACCUGGGGAGGCACCUGGGCUGAAGGCAUUAAAGCGCGAUCUCCUCACUGCAGUUGACUCUAGUAGGAGCAUUGCAGAUAUCACAAUGAUGGUUCAGGCCGCAUUGUAUCGCUCAGGAGUGCACCAAUCAAUAGAAACCGUGGACAGGCAUACCUUAGAAGAAAUGGAGAAAGAUGAAAGCAACAAUGAGGUAGAAAGCAAUGACUCUUUGACAAGUGCCGGUUCGCCCUCAACUCGCCAGGAUCCAAGCACACUAAAUGUUGUGUUCGAUGGAGAGCUAGGAAAGAAAGCCCUCAGUUCACAUCGCAAAAAACGUUUAAAAAGAUAUCAAGCAAACCCCAGGCCUAACUGGGGGCCGAUUGCGCGAGCCCAUGUUACCAGUACAACUAAGAAUACCAGCUGA